UCUCUGUCCCUUACGUUUCUCUUUCUGAGGGCUUCUCUGUGUUGGCAUAAAGAUACCGAAAAGGUAUGUGGAAUCCCAUUUUCUCUGCAGUAACACACCCUCUACUUCUUGUUUCAUCGUCCACUCACGCAGAACACACAGCACGCCAGCAGAUAAAAUACAUAAACUCAUGAACUACUACUCUCCCAUUUCUUGUACUCUCUGAAUCCAAAAGCUAACCGUUUGGUGAUAAACCCACUGUUCUUAAAGGUACCAUAGCAAAGGUAUUUAAGAAAUGUGCAUGCUGCUGCAGGAGGAUUCCAGAUUUUUCUUGAGAGCUCCCGACUUAAAAUAAAUUAUUGGAGAAAUUUUCUUGGCUUUACGUUUUCAGUUUUCAUUUUUUUCUUGUUUGAUUUUGAAGUAAAGUUGCCUUUUUGACUUGGCCUGUAAAUGGGGAGCUCUGGUGAAGACCCCAAGAAGACCAUUGAUGCUUCUGUGGGGGGUUUGGUUUGGGUCCGCCGAAGAAACGGAUGUUGGUGGCCCGGAAAGAUUCUUGGCCCGGAUGAAUUGCCCGAGGGUUGUGUGCCUACGCCGAGAGCCGGGACCCCUGUAAAGCUUCUUGGUAGAGAGGAUGCAAGUGUGGACUGGUAUAAUCUGGAGAAAUCAAAAAGAGUGAAAGCUUUUCACUGUGGGGAGUAUGACGAUUGCAUUGAGAAAGCCAAGGCAUCUGCGUCUCAUCUCUCUAAGAAGGCAGCGAAAUAUGCUCGAAGAGAAGAUGCCAUUCUUCAUGCGCUUGAGCUUGAAAGUGCUCGAUUUGGGAGAGAUCAUCAGGACUUCUCUGCUACACCAGAGACACAAGAUGGCGAGCAUCAUCAUGCUGCCGACUCCCCUUCUACAUGCCAUCCAAGUGAAGAAAGUGAAGAUGUUGACGACGAUUUGAAUAGCUCUGAAGACGAUUCAGAUUCAGCCCAGGAACUUUCACAGUCUGGAGUAUCAUUUGAGGAACCAGAUCAUGUGAAUUCAGCCAAGGAAGAAUCCAAACAUCGGAGAACUCCAAAUGAUUCAGAGGACGAUGGGAUUGGAGUAAAGCGCAUGAGGGGACUUGAGGACCUGGGAAUGGGUGUAGCAUCAUCACCGAAAAGGAAAAGAUCUCAGGUCGCUCAUGUUCAUGAAUUUUUGAAAAGGAAGAACCGCCGCCGUACUUUGACAAAGGUUUUGGAGAGUACUACUAUGGUGUCUGUUCCUGUUGUUUCUGAACAAUUUCCCAGCCCAACUGGAUCCUCUGUACCAGUAGCAUCAGACAGCAAGUUUUCUGGAUUGGAGUCUAGCGAAUCAAAGAAUAACAACUCAGUUGUAAUCAAUAACAACUCAGAUAGUAAUGGAGUUUCAUGCGAGAAUGAAACAUUGUUGGAUGCAUCUAAGCACUGUACCGAUGCUUCCUUAAAAUGCAAACAGAAGGACGCUGAAGUUUCUAGUAUGGGUAUUCCUGAUAAUGAGUCUAUGCAAAAGUUGUUUGAUGUGCCUCUUGUUGCCGAAGAAAAGCACUCAGCAGGCAUGCCUCAGGUUGUUCCUGAUGCAUCACAGAGGGGAACAGCUGGUGCCAGAGCCCAAUCCAGCCAAAGUAGUCAUGUUGAAACCAUAUCUCCGGGAAAUGAGGAGCACAAUGAGUCAGGCUCUACUGGUUCAGCUACAGCAAACAUCCAUCAUAUCAGCCAGAGGAUAGAGAAAAGCACUACCGAGUGGCAGUUAAAGGGGAAGAGAAAUUCUCGGUCGAGGAAAGUGGAUGUUGAUGACGACGCAGAAACAUAUGUCGCCUCUAACGAUGUCAAUCGGUCCCUAGUUUCAGAUGGUGGAGGCCAUCAUGUCAAGUCAAGACCAAUUACAGAAACUCAGGUCGAAGAAUUUCGUGGUUGGAGCUGGAACGCUCCUCCAAAAGAAUCUCGUGGAAGAGGACCAACACCAGAGUUGCUGGUUCCCCAGAGGUUACUCCCUUAUCGUCAGUCUCGCUUCACAGUCAAUCCAAAGUACGACUCCUCUGACUUCUCUCUUAGACACCAUAUUGCUGGUUCCGCCUUGUACGACGUCACUGUCAAGGUGAAGUCCAGCUACCAACCUCAGCGUGUCCCGUAUAUCUCGCUGGUGAGCAAGUUAAAUGGGCAACCAAUCAUAGGUCAUCCUAUCACAGUCGAGGCAUUAGACGAUGGCUUUUGCAACAAUCUAUUUGUUGUCUCUGAAUGUCGUAGCAGCAGUUCCGAGUUGGACGACGAAAAACAUGUUGGCACUGUUUAUCAGCAACGGCCACACAGACGACCGCACAGUAAGCAUCGGUCAGCAUACAGUUUACCAGCAAAACCUCCAAGAUCAAAGAGGAACUCAAUUUUGUCCAAGAAGAUCAGGAAGCUAUCCUCACUUACAGGUUCUCACAGACUAAGUAGGGAAGAGAAGAAACGAGUCCCAGACAAGCUCAAGGGCCCUUCUAUAGCUUGUGUCCCAUUAAACGUAGUUUUUAGUCGGAUCAAUGCAGCCUUGACUAGCUCAGUGCGAUACCCACCCCGUUUGAUUGCUACGAGCAACGUGUGAAGUUAGUUUUUGGAGAUGGAAGAAUUGUCUUCUUAGCUGCUGGAGAUUUUGGUGACACUCUUGCUCUGAGACUAUGCUAAGUUGUACAUUCUGCACUGCAGGUAGAAAUUCUUUUUACAAUAAUGGUGACAUUUGUUUUUCAUAGGAACUACAGAAUUGUUGUAGAGGUGGUGGUGUUGGUGUUGAGCUGCUUUUGCUGUGUAUAUAUUGUAAAAGUAGUUGAGUCCUGAUGAUAAUCAAGUUUCUUUCUUUUAUUAUUUUCUCUUUUUCUUUUUUCUUU